AAGAGCGGGCGCAACUGACUUGGGAAGGUGUGUCCCAAAGCUCCGCCAGCUGCAAUGUGAGCCAAGCGGCCUGGCCGGGCUACGGGAGAGAGAUGCCCACAGAAAGAGAAGCUUCUCCUUUCCAGCCUCCUGGCUAUUACCCUUUUAAAUAUCAGCGUUCGGGGCUGUAGGGGUAGCACGAGGCAUCGAAACGGAACAGUCGGAUUGGCCGCACGCCGUAGUUCUAGACGCACCUCUCCACCGAAAGGCCGUUUUGACUGGCAGGGGGAGAAAGUAAACAGAGUUGAAUCACCCUCCCCACUGGCCAAUUGGAGGGGGUUUGGACUGUGACGUGAUGGGAUUCUGCGAAAUUGUUACUGAGCAAGAGAAUGCCGGAACGGUGCGGACCGGCAGGAGCGGGGGCUCAGAAGUCGUCAGUGGACUGGGAGAAAAGUGUCUCGUAGACCUGGUGCUUUAUCCAGCCCUUCCCACCAGCGUCUGGGUGGUCGGGUGAAUGUCCUGGGGCUUUGGCUCGACUGAGAGGCGGCCGAGGGCGUGUGCCUCUUUUGCAGUUUCUUCUCCCAACGCCUCGGGGGCGUUUUCAGUCGAAUAAACUUGCGGCCGCCACGUGUGGCAUCUUUCCAAGGGAGCCGGCUCAGAAGGGCCGGCGCGCCCGUCUGGGGGAUCGCGCCUGGCGCGGGGCAGGGCGGCGGCUGGAGCCGGCAGCGCGGCGGAGCCCGGAGCCGUGGAUGCUGCGUGCGGAGGCGCUGCCGGUUACGUAAAGAUGAGGGGCUGAGGUCGCCUCGGCGCUCCUGCGAGUCGGAAGCGCCCCGCGCCCCCGCCCCCUUGGCCGCCGCGCCGCGCUCGUCGUCCGAGGCGAGGGCAGGGCGAGCCGAACCUCCGCAGCCACAACGAAGUUUGGCCGCGCCGCCUUGGUUGCUGUCUCCCGCACCAUGUCCGCGGCCGCCUACAUGGACUUCGUGGCUGCCCAGUGUCUGGUUUCCAUUUCGAACCGCUCUGCGGUGCCGGAGCAUGGGGGCGCUCCGGACGCCGAGCGGCUGCGACUACCUGAGCGCGAGGUGACCAAGGACCACAGUGACCCGGGGGACACUUGGAAGGAUUACUGCACGCUGGUCACCAUCGCCAAGAGCUUGUUGGACCUGAACAAGUACCGACCCAUCCAGACCCCCUCGGUGUGCAGCGACAGUCUAGAGAGUCCGGAUGAGGAUAUAGGAUCCGACAGCGACGUGACCACCGAAUCUGGGUCGAGUCCUUCCCACAGCCCCGAGGAGAGACAGGAUCCUGGCAGCGCGCCCAGCCCGCUCUCCCUCCUCCACCCCGGAGUGGCUGCGAAGGGGAAACACGCCUCCGAAAAGAGGCACAAGUGCCCCUACAGCGGCUGUGGGAAAGUCUAUGGAAAAUCCUCCCAUCUCAAAGCCCAUUACAGAGUGCAUACAGGUGAACGGCCCUUUCCCUGCACGUGGCCAGACUGCCUUAAGAAGUUCUCGCGCUCGGACGAGCUGACCCGCCACUACCGGACCCACACCGGGGAGAAGCAGUUCCGCUGCCCGCUGUGCGAGAAGCGCUUCAUGAGGAGCGACCACCUGACGAAGCACGCGCGGCGCCACACCGAGUUCCACCCCAGCAUGAUCAAGCGGUCAAAAAAGGCACUGGCCAGCUCCUUGUGAGGUGCUGCCCGCGGAUGUCAGGGAGGGAUGGACCCCGCAAAGACAAAACUUCUCCCAGGAACCAGGCAGACCCGUGGAAACUAAGCCCCGGUGCAGGCGCGCUCACAGCACAGGAAGUCACUGCUCUUUGGUCAAUAUUCAGAUUUUCCUCUCCCCGCAUUAUUUUUAAAAAGCACAUUGUAGCCCAAGAUCAAAGCCAACACUUGGCCCCCUUGCAGAGGCGACUAUGGGAACAGGUCUCUGACUUUUGGAGGGAAGGCAAAUGCUGUUUUUUUUUCUUCCCCUUUGUUUUUCUGGGGAGGGGGGAGUGGAGGGAGGGGCUCAAGGCCACGGCUGGGGUCGAAUUUUAAAGAUUCAACACUGGUGUACAUAUGUCUGACUGGGCGAGUUGACCUGUGGUCUCACACAGUGAUUCUGGCCCUUUAUGCUUGCUUUCUCUCAGAACUUUUUUCUUACCUAUUGAUGUAAUGACGAGUGUGCUUCAGUUUCCUUAGCAAAAACCACUCUCUCGAAUCACCUUAACUUUUGAGAAACAAACGCCAUAGCACAGCUGACAUUUUGCAAGCAAGAGCACAUCUAUUCCAGCAUGAUCUGUCAUCUAAAGACUUGAAAACAAAGUUACUUAUAGUCAAUGGGUAUGCAGAGUAUGACUUUAUACUAAUCAAGACAAACCUUUGAAAGGUUACACUAAGUACAGAACUUUUAAACCUUGCUUUUUAUGAAUUGUACUUUUUUGAACAUAAGCUGCACUUUUAUUUUCUAAUGCAGAGGAUGAAUAAGUUAAAUACAUGCUUUAAGGAUAAAAGCAGACAUUCUGUUUGGCACCACAUUAUAAUCUGCUUGUUUUAUAGUAUACACGUUUCCCUAAGAAAUCGUGGCAGAGAUGUGAGGGCAGAAUACACACAGCAGAUGCUGAAGGAGAAGGAGGGUAGUAUUUUUUAAAAAGAGAACAAACAGAAUUUUAACUCUAUUAACUUUUCCAAAUUUUCCUAUCCUUUUAGUUAACAUCAUCUUGUACCAUAACGCCACUAGGGGACAGGGUUUUUACUCCGUUGGGUUUUAGUUGAAUGGGUGCAUGGCAGGUGUGAGCUCUGGAAACAGCCUUUUUUUUUUAGGAAAAAUUUGUUGGUCUCCUUCCCAUGUUCCUACAAAACUCCCACUAACAAGUGCAAGAGUUGUGUAAAAGGAAAAGGGAGCCGAAAUGUGAAAACUAGACCCCUGUAAGUAGUGAAAGCCUGUGGAAAAUACCACAGUAAUUUCAGAGGUGACUCUGCAUAAUAUUUCCUUUUGGAGAAUGGAGGCAAAUGGAAUAUGUACGAAUGAAAAUACAUCACCGUGUCUCUUACAUCAGAGCCUCACCCACUAUUAUAUCUUGUAUCUAGGUGUCUGCAGUGGCCUGAACCACUACAUCCAUAAUAUGCCAUUUACCUGAAAACUUAGUUUUUGGCCUUUCUGUGGCCAGAAAAAGGAACUGAGUUUUCAUGGUUAAAGAAGCAACCUCAAACGAGGGGAGUCAGCAGCGAUCGUGGAGGAAAUGUUUACAUUUUUUUCCUUCAGAUACAAGGCUGUCUGACGUUUUUAUCUGAUAUUCAAAACAGGGAGCUAUGGUGCACUCUAGUUUAUACAUGUGCUAUCAAAUGUGUUGUGUAAAUUUAGGGCACCUACAAGUGAACUCAUUAUUUCACCUGACAAAUGCUCGUUUCCAGUUCAGAAGCAGUGUGGGCUCGUGGAGCAGGCACGGGCAUGUGUUAUGGCUGACUCGACUUCCAGUACAACAGCCAUCACUAGCACGGUAUUUUUUUUUUUUUUUAAACCAAUGUAGUUGUAUUAGUGGUUCUCUAAAGAGAGCUGCUUUUAAUAUUAGGGACUGAGAGCAGUCCAUGGGAUAAAAAGGAAAGUGUUUUCUCACGGGAAAACAUGUCAGGAAAAUAAAGAACACUUUCUACCUCUGUUUCAGAUUUUUGAAACGCUUAUUUUAAACCAAAUUUUAAUUUCUUUGUCCAAAAUAAGUUUUAAGGACAUCUGUUCUUCCAUACGAGAUAGGUGGGCUGCCUAUUUCUCACUGAACUCACGGGAUGAUUCUGCUUAUGAUACUCUGCACUCUGCUUUCAAUGAGUGAGAGUUUGGGGUUGCCUAGCAACUCACUAGCUUGGAAAAACUCAUCUUUCCCUCACAGAAACAAAGAACAACCAAGUCAGUGAAAGACAAUCUUUAUAGUUUCAGAAGUAAAUCUAUAUGUGGCUUUUGUUGAGCACUUAGAUGGAUAUAAAUGCAGCAACUUGUUUUAAAAAAAAAUGCACAAUUUACUUCCCAAAAAAGUUGCCACUUGCCUUUUCAAGUCAUUGAAAAACACAUUUGAUAUUCUCUUGUAUGUCAUAGUAACAUAACGUAUAAACUCAAGGCUUUUUAUUCUUUGUGAUACAUCCUGUUUUAAAACGUCACAAAACAGGAACCAGCAUUCUAAUUAGAUUUACUAUAUCAAGAUAUGGUUCAAAUAGGACUACUAGAGUUCAUUGAACACUAAAACUAUGAAGCAAUUACUUUUUAUAUUAAAAAGACCAUGGAUUUAACUUAUGAAAAUCCAGAUGCAGGAUAGUAAUUUUUGUUUACUUUUUUAACCAAACUGAACUUUUGAAAGACUAUUGCAGGUGUUUAAAAAGGAAGAAAAGUUGUUUUAUCUAAUAUUGUAAGUAGUUGUCAUAUUCUGGAAAAUUUAAUAAUUUUAGAGUUAAGAUAACUCCUCUCCUUGGUUAGGGAAGAAGAAAGCCCUUUACCAUUGUGGAAUGAUGCUCUGGCUUUAAGGUCUAACUCUACAUCAUGCUUCUUUUGAGAAUUAUAUUUGGUAGUUAUAAUUACAGAAAACAAUUAGUUGUCAGUUUGCUGAUAGAUUUAGCGUAGUAUUCAUCACUCUGGGUAGAUUGAGAUGUUCUUUCACAACAGGUAAAUGAUCUGUAACACUGUAAGAUACUGACCUUUACAACUGUUUAAUCAGUUUUAUUUUUGUACAGUAUUAGUGACCUAAGUUAUUUUGCUGUCCCGUUUUUGUAAAUCAAAUGAAAUUAUAAAAGAGGAUUCUGACAGUAGGUAUUUUGUACAUAUGUAUAUAUGUUGUCCAAAUAAAAAUAAUAAAUGAUAAAGAUUGAA